AUGGAACAUGAGCAGCACUUGAGAGUAGUUCUGGAGAAGUUGAGGCAGAACCAGCUCUAUGCCAAGUUCAGUAAGUGCGAGUUCUGGCUUGAAGAAGUCGCCUUCCUUGGGAAUGUUCUCACAGCUGAGGGAGUUGUAGUCGACCCAGCCAAAAUAGAGGCCGUGAAGGAAUGGGAGCAACCCCGCAAUGUGACUGAUAUCCGCAGUUUUCUGGGUUUGGCCGGGUACUAUCGCUGUUUCAUCGAGAACUUCUCUAAGAUCGCCAAGCCAAUGACCAACCUCCGCAAGAAGACCAAUGAGUUUGAGUGGACACCUGAGUGUGAACAGAGCUUCCAGACCUUGAAACAGAAGCUUACCACCACCCGUAUUGGAAAGGUCAUAGCAUAUGCGUCACGACAGCUAAAAUACCAUGAGCAAUGCUACCCCACCCAUGACCUUGAGCUAGCGGCUGUGGUGCAUGCCAUGAAGAUGUGGAGACACUACUUGAUCGGCAACAAGUGUGAUAUAUACACUGAUCACAAGAGCCUGAAGUACUUUUUCACUCAAGAGGAUCUGAACAUGAGGCAACGAAGGUGGUUAGAACUCAUAAAGGACUACAACCUGGAGAUCCACUACCACCCAGGAAAAGCAAAUGUAGUUGCUAACGCCCUGAGCCGCAAGAGCUAUUGCCACAGUUUGUCCAUGGAAGCCAAACCGUCGGAGCUGUGUCGGGAGAUGGAAGAUCUACAGCUAGAAAUCGAUUACACUGAUCCUCGCAAGGCCAUGACUCCAUCUGGGUGA